AUGGCCACAAGAUAUCUCAUAACUGGCGCGAAUCGCGGGAUUGGCCGAGGUCUGACCAACCUCAUCCUCGCUCGCCCAAAUACCACUGUCCUCGCUCUGGUACGGGACCCGGACGACGAAACAAGCAAAUCCCUUGCAUCGGUUCCACGUGGGUCAAACAGUAUUCUCAUCGUCCUACCCUACGACGCGAAAGACCCCAACGAUGCCGCCGCCACUGCGAUUACAACAGCCCAGCGCGACCACGGGAUCACACAUCUUGAUGUGGUUAUCGCCAAUGCAGGAAUGCUAGGCUGGUACGGACCGGCAGUCGAUACCUCCCCAGAAGCGAUCCAUGAACAUAUCACGGUCAACACUGUCGGGCCCUUGCUCCUGUUCAAGGCAUGUCUGCCACUGUUGCAGCGGGCAUCCUCGUCUCCGGAAGAGAAAGGUGCUGUGGAAGAUAAAGGGCCCGCGAAAUUCAUCGCCAUCAGUUCCGCCCUCGGAUCUACCACACUGAUCCCGCAGUUCCGGCCGUCUAAGACCCUUGCAUACGGGUUGAGCAAAGCUGCCUUGAACCAUACCUGUCGCAAAUUCAGUGUCGACUAUCCGGACCUGGUGAUUGAGAUGUUGACGCCUGGUCCUGUGAGGACGGAUUUGACGCGAGAGUUUACGGCUGUCUUCGACAAGGCCUUGAAGGCGAAUCCGAAGCUGGCUGACCGGUUCGCCGACAUCGACAAUGUGGUGAAAGGUUUGUUGGAAUGCAUCGACUCGGCGUCAAAGGAGACCAGUGGUGGCUUUCGAGACUGGAAGGGAGAAGUCAUACCGUGGUGA